GAUACACAAAGUCCCUCCACACAUGAGGAAAAGAGCCCUCUCGUGGUAAUGUAAAAGGAAUAGCAAUUGGAGACAGCCUGCUGCACUCUGCUACUUUGUGAGACAAACAUCAGUAAAGCCAAGCAGCAAGAAAAGAAGGGUUCUUCAUGACAAAAUGACAGCAAGAGAACACAGUCCCCGCCAUGGUGCAAAAUCCCGCACUGUGCAACGGGCCUCCACCAUUGAUGUCACCUCUGAAAUGCUAGGCCUUUCUCUAGCAGGAAACAUUCAGGAUCCAGAUGAGCCGAUUUUAGAGUUCAGUUUAGCUUGCAGUGAGCUGCUAACUCCAUCGCUAGAUCGAAAACCAAAUAGUUUUGUAGCAGUGAGUGUAACGACACCUCCCCAGGCAUUCUGGACGAAGCAUGCACAGACAGAAAUUAUUGAGGGAACAAGUAAUCCAAUCUUUCUAAGCAGCAUUGCCUUUUUCCAAGACUCUCUUAUCAAUCAAAUGACACAAAUCAAACUGUCUGUGUACGACGUCAAAGAUAGAUCUCAGGGAACAAUGUAUUUGUUGGGUUCUGGGAUGUUCACUGUAAAAGAACUUCUUCAGGAGAAGAAUCACAGGUUGCACUUAACACUAAGGUCGGCUGAAAGUGACCGUGUAGGUAACAUUACAGUUAUUGGAUGGCAAAUGGAGGAAAAAACUGACCAAAGGCCUCCAGUGACAAGGUCACCUGAUACAAUUAAUGGAAGGACUGUGUUGCCAGUUGAUGAAAGCUUAACAGAAUCGUUAGGAAUCAGAUCCAAAUAUGCUUCGUUACGGAAAGAUGCACUACUGAAAUCUGUGUUUGGUGGCGCCAUUUGCCGAAUGUAUCGCUUUCCAACCACUGAUGGGAACCACUUGAGAAUCUUGGAGCAGAUGGCUGAGAGCAUCCUGUCACUACACAUCCCUAGGCAAUUUGUGAAGCUUCUUCUAGAAGAAGAUGCUGCAAGGGUUUGUGAACUAGAAGAACUGGGAGAACUGUCUCCUUGUUGGGAAAGCCUUCGUCGACAAAUAGUUACUCAGUACCAAACAAUUAUUUUAACUUAUCAGGAAAAUCUAACUGAUCUGCAUCAGUAUAAAGGUCCAUCAUUUAAAGCCAGUAGCUUGAAAGCUGAUAAAAAAUUGGAAUUUGUUCCUACGAAUUUACAUAUACAGAGAAUGAGAGUCCAGGAUGAUGGAGGAUCAGAUCAGAACUACGACAUAGUCACCAUAGGAGCACCAGCAGCUCAUUGUCAAGGCUUUAAAUCAGGUGGCUUGCGGAAAAAGCUGCAUAAAUUUGAAGAGGCAAAGAAACAUUAUGAGGAGUGUUGCACUUCAACAGGUUCCCAGUCUAUAAUAUACAUCCCACAGGACAUUGUCAGAGCAAAGGAAAUUAUUGCACAAAUCAACACCCUGAAAACGCAAGUCAGUUACUAUGCAGAAAGGCUCUCAAGAGCUGCCAAGGAUAGAUCAGCUAAUGGCCUUGAAAGAACACUUGCCAUCCUAGCAGACAAGACCCGGCAACUUGUUACAGUCUGUGACUGCAAGUUGUUGGCAAAUUCAAUACAUGGACUGAAUGCUGCAAGGCCAGACUACAUAGCUUCAAAAGCAUCUCCAACCUCUGGAGAAGGGGAGCAAGUGAUGCUGAGGAAUGAUCAAGAUACACUUGUGGCCAGAUGGACAGGAAGAAAUAGCCGAUCUUCUCUGCAGGUGGAUUGGCAUGAAGAGGAAUGGGAGAAAGUUUGGUUGAAUGUUGACAAAAGUCUGGAGUGUAUUAUACAGAGAGUGGACAAACUUCUCCAGAAGGAGCGCUUGCAGAGUGACAGCUGUGAAGAUGUUUUCCAGUGCGACAUCAGCUGUACUAGCAAGAAAGGUAAUCGGGACACUCGUGCCUACUGGAUAAAUCCAGAAGAGUUAAAUGAGACCUCAUCAUCUUCACCACCUUCAUCAUCCUCACCACCUUCAUCCACACCAUCCUGUGCAUGCCAUUCUCUCAGAAAGACAAAUGGCAGCCCCACUCCGGAAGAAUCUGCCCCAGGUGAAUGGAGUGAAGCUCUUUAUCCCUUGCUGACAACACUCACAGACUGUGUAGCCAUGAUGAGUGACAAGGCAAAGAAAGCCAUGGUCUUUUUAUUAAUGCAGGACAGUGCUCCGACAAUAGGGCUCUGCCUGAGCCUUCAGUAUCGCAGGGAUGUUGUCUUCUGCCAAACCCUGACUGCUCUCAUCUGUGGUUUCAUUAUCAAGCUGAGGAACUGCCUGCAUGAUGAUGGAUUUCUAAGACAACUCUACACCAUUGGCUUGCUGGCGCAGUUUGAGAGCCUGCUGAGUACUUAUGGUGAGGAGCUGGCAAUGCUGGAGGACAUGAGUCUGGGAAUCAUGGACUUGAGGAAUGUAACCUUUAAAGUAACUCAGGCCACAUCAAAUACAUCUACUGACAUGCUGCCAGUCAUCACUGGAAAUCGUGAUGGAUUUAAUGUGAGGAUCCCCUUGCCAAGCGCCUUGUUUGAUUUGUUGCCGCGAGAGAUUCAAAGUGGCAUGUUACUGAGGGUUCAGCCUGUUCUUUUCAACGUGGGAAUCAAUGAGCAGCAAACCCUAGCAGAGAAGUUUGGAGACACCUCACUGCAAGAAAUAAUUAACAUGGAAAGCUUAGUGCGGUUGAAUUCAUAUUUUGAGCAGUUCAAGGAAGUUUUGCCUGAUGAUUGUCUACCUCGAUCUCGUAGUCAGACGUGCCUGCCUGAACUUUUAAGAUUUCUGGGACAAAAUGUACAUGCAAGGAAAAAUAAGAAUGUUGAUAUCCUUUGGCAAGCUGCUGAGAUAUGCCGCAGACUAAAUGGUGUUCGGUUUACAAGCUGUAAAAGUGCCAAGGAUAGGACUGCCAUGUCGGUCACCCUAGAGCAGUGUUUGAUCCUACAGCAUGAACAUGGAAUGGCUCCACAGGUCUUCACCCAGGCUCUGGAGUGUAUGAGGAGUGAGGGUUGUCGCCGAGAAAAUACAAUGAAGAAUGUUGGAUGUCGCAAGUAUGCAUUUAAUUCCCUGCAACUGAAGGCUUUCCCAAAGUAUUACAGGCCUCCAGAAGGAACUUAUGGAAAAGUUGAAACAUAAGCAUACGAUGUCCUUUAAUUGCUGUUCCAUUAAAACGUGUGGAUACACUCUAGAUUAAUCUGUGAUUUUGUCAUCCAGAGGAGAUAAAUCACCUUUUUGUACGUUUCGCUAGGUUAUCCAGAGCAUGUUACUUACAGAAUUGGAAUCUCUAGUAACAAUUAUUCUGACACCUUAGCUUGAGAAUAGUGUGAUGACGCUCUGCCCGUUUAAAUAGCCUUCAGUGUAUGUAAGACAACCAGAUAUUGUGCUACUUCCUAAUUACCUAUAUGCAAAUAGCUAGGUACCUUCUGGGUGGGCAAGGACUCUAGGAACGGCAUUGGGCAGCUGUUUCACGUCACAUCUUUUAUACUGAGUUGAACUUGAGAUUGAGCUUUUCAUAAACUUUUUAAAACUGCGAGUAAAACUCAAAAGUUGUAAAUAAAAAGGGAUUGGACCUAGACGGUCUAAUAGCUGUAGAAUGCAUUGUUACAAUCAAGAAAAAGAAGUUUAAC